AUGCCUUUCAAACUGUUUCACGGCGAAUCUGUGGACGAUUCAGCCCGGUGGUGUCCUGUGUGUUUCUAUCUUGACUACCAGAACCUCAAAACAUUCUUUGGAGCGGACAAGAAGUUGGAAAACACGAAAGCCGAUCCGGAAUACGUGGCCAAGGGGACACUGACUGGUUACCACCUUUGGUGGCGCGGGCGGCCAGAUUUCCAGCAGCGCGCGGAGCAAAAUGCGUGCGUGUUCUGUGCAGUCCUACUCCAGAUUGUCGACCGCUUUUGGAAACGACAAGAAUCAGGACGGCCCAUUGACAAGUUCCUUAUAUACGGCUUGAAUGUCUUCACAGAUGGUAGUGUGGAGUUAUUUUCGAUGCGAGACCUGCCUCGCCGCCCUCUAAGGCUGCUCCUUUACAAACCCCCAGGACAUCCACCACCAUGGGGUCGUUUACCCGCGGCGCCACACAUCAGCCCAUCUGGCAAUUCUAAGCAAGCGCUUCAGUUUCUCCGAAGACAACUUGAGAUCUGCUCCCAGGAACACGAAGAAUGUAGGCACGACUUUCCUGUGCUCCCUACGCGAGUCCUGGAUGUCGGGACCCUUGAAACUGAGCUGAAGAUCAAGCUUGUUGAGCCCUCUUCAGGGACAAUAGGCCGGUACAUCGCUUUAAGCUACUGUUGGGGAGACGGGAGCUCUCUUCAAGCCACCAAAUCUAAUUUGUCCGAGCUCCUCCAGGGGGUGGAUGAGGAGGAGCUCCCGGCGACCAUUCGAGACGCUGUAGAACUGGCUAGGCAGAUCAGGGUGCAGUACCUUUGGGUCGAUGCCCUGUGUAUAAUCCAAGACGAUUUACAGGACUGGAUCCAUGAGUCUGCCAGAAUGUCGGCUGUCUACGCUCAGGCUCACUUGACCAUCUCCGCCUCGUCCGUGGCUUCUUCCAGGCUCUCAUUUCUGCACCAAAGCCGCGGAAACAAGGAAGUUUUGUUCCAUUGGCAGUCACAUGUGAGCGAUACCAGAAUUAAUGGUACCGACCAUGCUGUCGACACAUCGCUAGUCCGAAGCGGCAUGCUGGCUGUGCGGAGGACCACGAGCUCCGGCUUUCACCAAGAUCUCUAUGAUAAUAUAAUAGACCCUGCUAUGACUCGUGCGUGGACACUGCAAGAACACGCUCUGGCGACCAGGCUGGUCUGCUUCUCAACCGACGAGAUUCAGUGGACUUGCCGGACGCUUCGCGCCUGCGAAUGUCAAAACCCGGAGGAAAACGAGUCCUCGCGCCUGGAACAGUUACAGCGCCGCUUAUCCUUGACCGGGCGCGAAGGAAAUGUGGCGGCAGUACGAGCCGAUAAUAUGAGCCAGGAGGCCCUGCAAUUUUGGAUCAAACUAAUCGAGGCAUAUUGCCGUCGCGACCUCAGUUGUGUGCGCGACAAGCUGCCGGCACUCUCAGGCGUCGCACAAGAGUUUUUGAAGACUUCGAUCAAGGAACAGCUUGCUGAAAAGAUGAUGGUACCGCCAUUACGGUAUCUAGCAGGUCUGUGGAGUUUUGAUAUCCAAAAAAUGUUGUUGUGGUACCCCCACCCACAGGGCGGCAGUUUCGUAGAAUAUCGCGCACCGAGUUGGUCAUGGGCAUCGAUCGAUGGAAGCAUACGGAACGCUCCGAUAUACUGGGUCCUAAGACCACGCGCUGAGGUCCUUGCCGCUGCGUGCACACCGGCAAACUCGGAUGACCCAUUUGGCCAGGUGGUACGAGAGGGCACAUAUUUACGGCUCCGCGCGACACUUGUUGAGACGCAGAUGUGGUUCAGCCCCCAAUCACAGGGCCGGGAAGCCGAGGUAACGACCCCAUAUGGGUGGGUGAUUGUUGAUGGGGAUCUUGAGGAAGUCCCAAUCAAUGAAGCCGUCUGGGGGAAAAGCAGCGCCGCCACCGCCACAACAGCAGACGACGAUAUCGCUGUCACGCCAGACCCUUCGCGAACCAGAACAUUGCAAAGGCGACCCCAAAAACUCCAACAAAAUCUGCACCUAGCGGAGAGGAGAGAGGUAAACCGCGUGUUAUCAAGGUAUGAAGGUGGAUCAGAAGAGGAAUUCGAUAGUGCCAGUCAUGGGCGACAACGUUUUAUCGGGAAAGGGUCUAAACCAGGCACAAAAUUCACCGUUUGGCUGCUUCAUGUAGCGGACGACGAUCUCCACCUUAUGAUCCACAGCGCACACUUAUUGGUGCUGGGCAGGCCGGCAGGGGACGAGGAAGUGUAUGAACGGCUUGGAUACCUGAAUUUCUAUCGCAUGGACAAGUGGGCAGUGGAAUUUGCGGGACAAGCAAAGUCAAUCGUUACUAUCGUGUAG